AUGGCCUACAAGGUUCCGUAUUGGGUCUGGCGACGGCUGUCGCCAUUCCUCUCCCUAGCCAGUUAUCUCUACUUCACGACGCUCCACUUCGUCUUCUGGAUCCUCAACGCCUUCCGGGAACGGCAGUACGUCCGCGAGCCGACCGACAGGCUCUUGUUGAUCAGCGCCACGCAGGCGGUCCGCAUGAUCGCCGGCAGGGAGAUCACCUCCAGCCAACUUGUCGAGGCCUACAUCCAUCGGAUCGAACAGGUCUUGGGAUCAAAGAAGACAUCUUGUAGAGCUUUUCAUGGCGAUUCUUACAGUAUACUCAUCACAACAAAGUUCUAAACUGUUACUGUAGCUAGGUUACGGUAGGGUCCCUAAUUAUGCGUUUUUUCUAGGUAUAUGGUAUAUCAAUCGAUAGGUAAUGCGAUUUUGAAAGCUUUUCUAGUGCAUGCCAACAUGGGUUACUGUAGAAUUUUUUCGAGUUACGGUGCUUUUUGUGUUUGCGGACUGUUUUUAAGUCAAACUGUGUGUUUGAAGAUAGUACCAGGCUGCUAACUUUCGUCAGUUCUUCCUCGAUCUUUUCAGAAGCGAAUUUUUUUUUUAAAUUCGGACUUUUGGGCCCCUAAAAUGAAGAUGGAAAGCUCUAUAAGAUGGCUAUGUAACCUUGAAGAUUUUGCCUUCACCUCUCUUUGUCUAGGUAAACGGUGCGAUCAACGCGGUCGUCGUCAAGAACUUUGACAACGCCCGACGCCAGGCCGCCCUUGUCGACGAGUUCAUCGCCGACAAUGAUGACGACGUCGUUCAGGAGGUCCUCCAGCUCCAUUUUUCUCUAGAUUCUGAUCAGAAUCGUUUCAGCGAGUUCAAGCUGAACCGCUUCUCGGCGUCCCGUUCACCAUGAAAGAUGCCAUCGAAGUCGAGGGUCAAAUCGUGACUUGUGGCGUUUUCAAUCGGAGGGAUUUCAAGUGCGAAAAGUCGGCGGAAGUUGUGAUGAGGUUGGUUUGAAGUGCAGUUGGAGAAAUGAGAGGAAAAUCGUAGUUAGUAAAAGCUACAGAGCUACGCUUCUUAAGUGACCUCUUCAAAAUCACUCUCAAGAAUAUAAGGCAUAGAGAAGGGACAAAGAGUCAUUCAGAAAGGCCUCAAGACCUAGAAAGUCUGAAUAUUCUCCAAAAAAAGCAAUAAAAACUGAAUCAUAUGAAGGAAUAUAUGCUCAAAAUAGUUUCGGAGCAGUCAAAGCAGAAAUUGAAAAUGAACCGCGACGCUUUGAUCCAAUCCAAAUGCGACCCUUUAUGAAAAACCCUGUAAAGCUGAGAAAGACGAACUUUGGCUCAAUCAAUAUUUAAGCGUUCUUUCUAUCUUUUUCAAACUACGGCUUAUUCUCGAAGAAAAAUAAACCGCGACGCUUUGAACCAUUCCAAAUGCGACCAAAUAUUUUCAAAAUAUAUGCUUUGAUCCAUUCCAACGGCGGCCCUUAAUUAGAAAAUCUAUGAAACUGAAAUAAUUGAACUUUGGCUUGAUCCAACUUCAAGAUUGUUUAGCCUCUGUCUAUCAUUUGUCAAACUACGGCUUACAAAAACCUCGACCCUUGAGCCAUUCCAAAUGCGGCCUCUUAUGGAAAAGCCAAAAAAGCUUACAAAGACGAAAUGUGACUCAAUCAAGAUUCAAGAUUUUCCAAUUACUCUCUACCUCUGUUUAUCUUCGGCUUAUCUUCGUAGAGAAAAAGAAACCGCGACCCUUUGAGCCAUUCUAAAUGCGACCAUUUAUGAAAAAGCCGAAAAAAUGAAAUUGACGAACUUUGGCUCAAUCAAACUUUAAGCGUUCUGUCCAUCUUUUUCAAACUACCACUUUUUCUCAAAGAAAAUGAAAACCGCGACGUUUUGAUCCAUUCCAAGUGCGACCAUUUAUGAAAAAGUCGGAAAAAGGGUAAUUGACGAACUUUGGCUAAAUGGAACCUUAACCGUUCUAACUAUCGUUUUCAAACUACGGCGUAUUCUCGAAGAAAAUGAAAACCGCGACGCUUUGAUCCAUUCCAAGUGCGACCAUUUAUGAAAAAGUCGGAAAAAGGGUAAUUGACGAACUUUGGCUAAAUGGAACCUUAACCGUUCUAACUAUCGUUUUCAAACUACGGCGUAUUCUCGAAGAAAAUGAAAACCGCGACGUUUUGAUCCAUUCCAAGUGCGACCAUUGAAAAAGCCGAAAAAAGCGAAGUUAACGAACUUUGACCCAAUCCAGCUCUAAAAGUUUUCAUUUAACGUCUACUAUGCUCAAACUACGGUCUAGUGUUUGAAAAAAGAAAGUUAGAUCCAUUCCAAAAAGAAAACCGCGACGCUUUGAUCCAUUCCAAAUGCGAACUUUUAUCAGAAAACCUAAAAACUGAAAUAAAUUACCUUGGCUCAACCCAACUCUAAGAUUUUUCAAUUACUGUUCAUCGUUUUCAAACUACGGCCUACCGAACAAAAAAGAAAACCGCGACGCUUUAAGCCAUUCCAAGUGCGACCAAAUAUUUUUGCAGGAUGCAAAAUGCCGGCGCGAUUCUCAUGGCCAUAACCAACGUCCCGGAAGUUUGCAUGUGGGUCGAGUCGAUCAACAAGAUCUACGGAAGGUCCAAGAAUCCUUAUGAUACGAGAAGGAUGACUGGAGGAUCUAGUGGAGGAGAGGGAGCACUUCUUGGAGCUGCCGGAAGUGUGGUAGGUCUUUUUUGGAUACAGUUUAAGAACCAUAGCAAAGAGGUACUGUAGGAGCUUGAAAUGACUUUUUACUGAGCAAUUUCGAUAAGGGAAAAGUUUUUUCUUAAGAUCGGCAUCGGAAGUGACAUCGGCGGCAGCAUCCGCAUGCCUUCGUUCUUCAACGGAAUCUUCGGAAUGAAAACGACGCCAGGUAUAAUGCGAAAAAAUGGCUGAGGAGCAUGUUCGCUCCAUGGAGAAAAAGUCAUUUUCUCGGCUCAAAUUGGGAAUUUUAUUGAUACUGUAUUAUUAGAUGCAGUUUUUGAUGCUGACGUCAAACCUGUACUCGAAAACUUUUGAGGAAGUCUGUUGAAAAAGUUAUGACAUCCUAAAGUUCAAAAAAAAAAAGUUUAGGGACAUGUUUGCUCCAUGGAGAAAAAGUCAUUUUCUCGGCUCAAAUUGGGAAUUUUAUUGUAAUAUGCAGUUUUUGAUGCUGAUUUCAGAUCUGUGAUCAAAAACACUCAAAAAUCUUUUUGGAAAAGUUAUGACCUCCUAAAGUUCAAAAAAACCGCUGAGGAACAAUUUUCGCUCCAUGGAGAAAAAGUCAUUUUCUCGGCUCAAAUUGGGAAUUUUAUUGUAAUAUGCAGUUUUCAUGCUGAUUCCAAAUUUAUACUCAAAAAGUUUCGAGGAAGUCUGUCGAAAAAGUUAUGACUUCUUGAAGUUCAAAAGAAAGCCUUAGGGACAUGUUCGCUCCAUCGAGAAAAAGUCAUUUUCUCGGCUCAAAUUGGGAAUUUUAUUGUAAUAUGCAGUUUUCAUGCUGAUUCCAAAUUUAUACUCAAAAACUUUUGAGGAAGUCUGUUGAAAAAAAGUUAUGACAUCCUAAAGUUCAAAAAAAAAAAGUUUAGGGACAUGUUUGCUCCAUGGAGAAAAAGUCAUUUUCUCGGCUCAAAUUGGGGAUUUAUUGUAAUAUGCAGUUUUUGGUGCUGAUUUCAGAUCUGUGAUCAAAAACACUCAAAAAAAUCUUUUGGUAAAGUUAUGACCUCCUAAAGUUCAAAAAACCGCUGAGGAACAAUGUUCGCUCCAUGGAGAAAAAGUUUUUCUCGGCUCAAAUUGGGAACUUUAUUGAUACAGUGAUCACUAGAUGCAGUUUUUUGUGCUGAUUUCAAAUCUAUGAUCGGAAAUUGCCAAGAAGUUCUGUUUUCAAAAUUAUGACGUCUCAAAUUUGAAAGAAAUAGUUGAGGAGCAUGUUCGCUCCAUCGAGAAAAAGUUAUUUUUCUCGGCUCAAAUCGGGAUUUUAUUGAUACUGUAUCAUUAGAUGCAGUUUUUGAUGCUGAUUUCAAGUCUGUGCUUGAAAAAAAUUUUGAGGAGAUUUGUUGAAAAAUUAUGACCUCUUGAAGCUGAAAAAAAAAAUUUACUUUCUGGUUGAAAUCAUUUUAGGAAGGCAGGUAUAGCUGCCCCCAGUUAUUCCGAAAAAAUUGAGCAAAGAUUCGAUUUUUCAAGUCUUUUGUAUCCUCCGUAGAAUACUUGAACAUUGAAGAAUUUCGAAAAGACGUUUUGAUCCGAUUUUUAUUCAAAAUUAACCCGUUUUUCGUCGCUCUGAAGAAUGAAACUCAAUAGGAAAGGCUAAAAUUUGAGAAGCCAUAAACUUUUUGACACACCUUCUGGGGGUAUUCAGAUCUCAGUUUUGAAAUCAGCGCAAAAAAUUGACCAUGAUCUCAUUUGAAAGUGUCAAAUAGGUUUGAGACCAGUCUAGUCUUUUUAAUGUCAAGUCGCCGCUCAAGCUCCGCCCCUAAUGGUGCGAAAUACCAAUCAGAGAGCGAGCUAUCCACAGAGCUUAUCCCAAUGACGUCAUUGUACUUGACAUUCAAAAUUUGAACAGACUAUGGAGUUUGAACGGAAAUCUCAAGCUACAGCCAUUUUCCAAGCUUCUCCCGGAAAAGCCAUUUGAAAAACCGCUUUUCAGGCGUGAUCCCACUGGCCGGACACGUUCCCGAGCCAUCGGGCUACAAAACGGAGAUGCUCCGAAUCGGACCCAUGUGCCGUUUUGCCGAAGAUCUGCCACUGCUGAUCAAAGUGAUGGGUGGCGACAACGCCGUCAAACUGAAUCUCGACGAGCCAGUCGUCAGGAAGAAGCUCCGAGUCUUCUACAUGGAAGGGAUCAGCGAGAAUCCGCUGAUCCAGCCUUUGGACGACGAGAUGCGAUACGCUUUGAAGAGGGUUUGUAGCGGGAAAUGAUCAUGAGAACGGAAAAAUUCUUGAAAAAAAGGGUAAAGUCCAUUCACUAGGACUUGAAACAAUCUGACCUGUCUGUGCUCUCUUCUCUCUCAUCGCUUAGGUUAGAGAAAUAGGAAAAGAGCCCGAGGAUGAAGAGGGCACAGAGAAAAAGAAGAAGAGCGCAGAGAAAGGAUGCUUUUGCACAUUUUGGUUAAUUUUGCCAGCAUUUCAUUCAUAACGGCUCGAAAAGUCUGACCUGUCUGCGCUCUCUUCUCUCUCAUUAGAGAGGUCAUAGAUACGAGAAAAUAGCAUGGUAACACGAGAGAACGCAGAGAAAGAAGGCUAGUUCAAGGUUGAAAAGUUGAGAUGAUCAAGGAAUUCAUAUUCCUUGGAAAAAGCCAGUUUUCGCAACUUAAUGGUCGCAUGUAGAAUGGCUCAACGCGUUGCGGUCGCAAAGCGGCUCCUGGAAAAUACUCCCGACUUUGAACGGUUUACGAAAGUCGGAAAGAGAUGCGAAAGGGCAUAUUACAGUAUAACCCCCCACAUGUAUUGGGUAUCGCCCCCGCGACCCGUUCGAACAAGUCCCCCGCAAUUAUCCAAUGUAGCCCCCGCAACUAUCCAGUAUAACCCCCCACACCGAGAAUAGGUCACGCAACGAUCACGCAGGACACGUGUCAGAGCUUCCAUUUUUUAAUUUGUUUUCUAUUUUUUUCGUAUUAUUCGUCAUUCUUGGUUGUUUUAAAUGGUUUUUUUUGUAUUUUCGCAUGUAAAUUCGUGUUCUUUUUGUGAAUUUAAUAAUUUUUGUGAUUUGAUUUGUAGAUCAUGGAAGAAAUUAGGUCGCUGACCGAGUUUCAUGAGAAGUUCAAGGCAGACAAAGAAGUUUACGGGUACGUCUCGCCGAGAUACGUACGAAUAUCAUAAAAUUAUGGGGCGCUGACCACUUAGAAAAAAUUAAGAUGAACUUUAUUAGUUUUCAAUCAAGUAAUUGUUCUGAGGAAUAGAAUUCUUUGCUUUUUCUUUUCAUGCACAUUAAUUAAUAAAUUACUUAGGAAGAUAGGCUUAGUUUUAAGGCUUCACACGGAGGCGGAGCGCGCAUAGCGCGAAGCCGACUGUGGCUCGCUUCGAAAAAACUGAGCCACAGUGAACAAUUCGUCAAAUAAAUAAAAUACUUGACAUGGAGGGGGCAUUCUGAAAUGGAGGGGGUCAUUCUGAAAUGGAGCAGGGGCCAUUCUGAAAUGAGAGGGGGUCAUUCUGAAAUGGGAGGGGGCUUGUUCGAAUGAGCUCUGGGGGAACUAUUUCAAAGUCGUGCGGGGGGCAAAUAUGAAAGAUUGCCUAGGCAUUUCAGAAUCGCCCCCCGUUUUGUACUGCGGGGGGCCAUUCUAGAAUACAUACUCACCCCCCGCGUUUGAUUUUACCCCCCACAUGAAGUCCUCCGAUUUUACCCCCCGCAGAUCGGAAUUUGGCUUGGUGGGGGGCUUGUUGGAACGCGGGGGGCAAAAACAGUGUGGGGGGCGAUUCUGGAAUUUUCCCAUGCGAAAUUCAACCUUCAUCAGCUGCGGUAUCCAAGGUUUUAAGAUGCGCCCGACCUGAACCGACUUGCGCCCUGGAACAUAGACACCCGUUUUAGAUCGCCUUGAGCCAUUCCCAGUGCGACCAAUUCGAGUCAAAGCGAAUCGACUAUGGUUAAUUAAGAACUAUAGUCCGUUUUCCGUGACUUGAAAGGGCGGGACUUCUGCGCCCUCUCAUUUUGACGUACUAUUUUUGCGUUUCUCUGACCUCGAGGGAACAGAGAGACGCAGACACGCGAAAACUGUAGAAUUCCCUUGAAAAAAAUGAAAUAUUUGAAUUUAGUCCGUCCAAUUCCUCGAAAGGAAGUACGACCUGAUCGCCCAUCGGAUCGACAUUCCGCUGGCCAAACACUUCAUGGAAUUCUUCAUGCUGUCGAUGAGCCACGACAACACCGACCCCAAGUUCUCCAAGCUCAUGCUUUGUACAAAUGUGUGGUUUCCUUCUUCUUCUUCUUAUUUUGUACCCCUUAAGGGGCCCCAAUAGAUACUGAUACCAAUGGUAAUCAAUGGACUAGCUCUUGUUACCUAUCCUGAUUAUGAUGCCGUGAUUUUCAACUACCAAAAUUUGGUUUGGCCGCGGCGGGGAUCGAACUUGCGACCCUCCGGACCAUAACAAGGCACACAACCCGUUGCGCUACGGCGCCUCAUUUGCUCGUAUCUACUCGGCAACGGUGUCAAAACGUUCCCACUUUCAAGGGAACUCUUUUAGUCCCUCGAAAUCAAGUGGCCACUUAAGAGGUUUCUCGAGAACACUAAAGGGGCCACAAAAACCAGCUUUAUAGAAGCCGCUGUUAGUGGCCACUAAAGUAGAUUCCAGUGCUCUGUUAGUCUACUCAGACUUCUAAAGAGGCCACUAGAUUCAGCCACUUAAGUUGCCACUAAUUAGACUACUGUAGUGGCCACUAAAACGUCAAAACCCUCAAGUAGCGACUCAAUGAUUUGCCAGGAACUUCUGGUGCGAAGAGUGAUUUUUUCCAAUUUCGAAGGAUACGGUAUGUGGAAAGUCCGCAUUUUGAGUUGUUCACUCCGAGUGUUUGCGGUUUUUUUGCGUGACACCUCCGAUUGGUUUUUCAUUUUGAUACUGAGCUUUAUUUUAAUAUAUUAUAACCCCAGAAAAAUCAAAAUUUAUCGUUACUAAAGAUAAAAUAACGAAAGAGAUUUAAAAAACCGCCGAGAAAAUGGUCACGCCACACAAGUGCAAACACAGACAACUUUGAUUGCGGGACUUUGGCGUACAGUACUCUUCGAAAAUGGAAAACUAGCGUUUGUCGCUUUUUUCAAUGAAACUUGGCUGAAGGAGACUUUAGAAACCGCUGAUCCUAGAAAAAGGAAAAAAAUUCUCCUAAUAAGUGAAUAACGUUUUUUUGGGUCGUUUGCGGACUUUAAAGGCUUAUAGGUUGAAAAAUACCUAUGUUUUGUUUUUCGAAGAUCCAAAAUUCAUCGGAAAUUCAAAAUAAGUUCCUUUUUCUGAAGUUCCCAGACCCUCGCCUAACUAUUUUUCCUACAUCUUUUUUUCCCCUUCAAGAAAGAAAUUCUAGGGCACCAAAGGCGACGUCAACUGCUACCAGGAGCUUCUCAAGUUCGUCAUUGGAAAGUCCAAUCAUACCCUCGCUGGAAUCAUCACCGGAAUCAUCGACGGGGCUGAUCCGUGGACCAAGGAACAGAAGAAUGAAGUGGGGAAAAAAAAAGAAAAAAUUAUUUUCGCUUUCCAGCUCCUCUACAAACGCGACAGGAUGAAGAGACAAGUCCGUGAACUUUUGGGCAAUGAUGGCAUUUUGCUGUUCCCAAGGUACUGACAUAGGCAAAGUCGGAGAGGGUGGAAAAGGCUCCAUAGAAAUGUUCCUUUUUGCUGCAUUUUUGCACCUUUUCAUCGGCUGUUAUGCACCAAUUUUGCUGCCUUUAAUUUUCCCACCAUUUCUUGAGCCUUCAGAAUCCCAGAAAAAAUGGAAGGCUCGAUAAAGGGACCCUUUUUGCUGCCUUUUUGCAGCCCUUUUGAAGCCUUUUUGCGGCCAUUUUGCUGCCAUUUUGCAGCCUUUUUGCGGCCAUUUUGCUGCCUUUUUGCAGCCUUUUUGCGGCCUUUUUGCAGCCUUUUUGGGGCCUUUCUGCGGCCUUUUUGCAGCUCUUUUGCGGCCUUUUUUGAGCCUCUUCCUUAUAGCGGCCAUUGUCCACCAUUCCAACUAUCGAUAGUGAAAUUCGGGCAGAACCCUAUGAAAAUCAGCCAAUUUUAAGACCUUGCAAAAAUCUCCAGUUUUUGAAGUCCCUGAAUCUUAGUCGAAGCUGACUUCUACCUUUGGAAAAAAAAUGGCCCUUUUCCAAAAAAUUCCAAAGUUUUCAAUGACGUCACUUUCAGAAACUAUUUAUUGAAAAAAAUUUCAAAUCUUGGGCUUGUUCAUCGUAAAUAUUUGUUUUGAAAUCGAUUAUUUACUAGUUUAUUUGUGACCCAAAUAAUCUAUCAAUUUUCGACAAAAAAGCGGGGGUUUCAUAAUUUCUAAAGUCAUCAUCGUUUGUAAAGUUUUAAAUUGACAAACCAUCCUCUGCGAAGUGUAAGAUAAUAGUAAAAUUGAUAAUAUUCCAAUUUUGAAACGUAUUCAAGCAUUCGCCUUUCACGCGUUCCGAGAUUUUCAACGGCUUCAUUUUCAAUUUGGAUAACAGUCUAUCAUUUUCUUCAAAGCUUAUUAUGCUCUCAUCAUACAAAACCUCACAGAAAUUCGAAAAACGAGAAAUUGUGGAAAAUACAAACGUUUUGCGCCACACUGAUAAGAAAAAGUCCAAAAAUUUGUAGUCAUUCCAUAAUUACUUCAUAUUGAGCUUGUCAAGAUUUCAAGCCAGUUCAAAAAAAGCGGCGGAGCUGAGAUUUUCAAGUAAUCACUAAAAAAACCACUUGAGUGAUCACUAAAAGGGCAAGUCUUUCUGAAAGACGUGGGGGGUUUUUCUUGAUGUGAAUAUGAGUAAACUAUUCAUGCUUUCAUUAAAAAUAUUAUUGAAAAAUUGGUUUUUAAAAAGGUUGAAAAAAACUUGGCCCUUUCCCAAAAAUUCCAAAAGUUUUCAAUGACUCCACUUUCAAAAACUAUUCAUUAAAAAAACCAAAUCUUGAUUAUUUUUAUCAACUUUACCACCGUAAACUCGAUUCUAUUCGAGUUGCUACUUAAUUUAUCAAUUUUCAAAAAAAUUUAAAUGAAAAACUGGGGUUUUUUUCAUAAUUUGUAAUGUAAGGCUUGUGUUGUGGGACGUGAGAAACUAAUAUCAAUAUUUAUCAUUUUUUGAAUUUUGUUUUAAAAAGCGUUAAAAGGGACCAAAAAUCUUGAAAAACUUUCGAAAAUUCAUCAAAUUUGAGUUUUUUAUCAGAAAAAAUUCAGUUUUCUCCUCACAAAUCAUUUUACUUUACGGUUCAGAUUUUCCUGAAAAUUGGUCAGAAUGCUCUUUGGUGGGCCUGAUGAAGGUUCUGAAAGUCUCAACCUGCACAACUUCCUAUUUUUCGAGAAAUACGGCCUGAAAGACCAAAAAUAGCCCGUUUUGAAGGUUUUCUUAGACUUUUCUCAAAAAGUAGAAAAUUGUGGAGGUUGAGAUUUCCAGAAUCUCCUUCUGGUACAUCAAGGUGUGUUCUAGCCAAUUUUCAGGAGUAUCCGCAAAGUGAAAUGACCACCCUUGUCAGGAACUGGUUCAAUUUCAAAUCUCUUGUUAAUCAAUUUCUUCAUCCUUCUUCUGUCCCCUUCCUCAAGAAGUAAUAAAAUUGCUCAUUUUCCAGCUGGCCCUGCACCGCCAUGUACCACAAUGAACCCCUGCUGACCCCUCUCAAUUUCGGCUACACGGCCCUUUGGAACGCCCUCGCCUUACCCGUCGUCCAGUGUCCGUUGGGUCUCGACUCCAAGGGACUUCCUCUCGGCGUCCAGGUAUUCUGAUUUUGGGUCUGCCAUCAAUCCUUUCAAAUUAAAUCAGAAAAAGUUCUAUUCCAAGUUUGAUAUAGUCAAUGUUUCCCGACUUGAAAGGCGAGGGAGGCGAUGCAAGGGGUGGGACGCGUAGCGUGUGCGUACGCGGUUCUUGGCGCCAGUUCAAUUAAAUUGCCGCCGACUAUUUAAAAAGCUCGGCAACCGCUCUUUUUCAAAUUUUUCUACUAUUUUUUGAUGCACACAUGAACAUAAUUAAUAAAUAAUUACAAAAGGAAUGAAAAAAGCGAUAAAUAAGCUCUCUGAAUGCUCGGUGAAGGUUGAAUUGAGCUCGUGCCAAGAACCGCGAGCGCACACGCUACGCGUCCCGCCCCCUGCCCCGCCUCCCUCGCCUUUCAAGUCGGGAAACAUUGACUAUAUAUCUCCAUUGGUAGAGGCCUUAUGAACUUUUUUUAUAAGAAUAUUAAUUUACCUACAGAUCAGUAUGAACCCUAAAAGAUCUCAUUCGAAUCUGUAUGAAAAAAGAAGGCAAAGUCGGAAAAGGCACCAUAGAAAUGUUCCCACUUUGCGCCAUUUUAUCGGCCAUUAUGCACCAUUUCUGCUGCCUCUCCCUUUUUCCACCAUUUCUUGAGCUUUUAGAAUCCUAGGAAAAUGGAGGCUCGAUAAAGGGACCCUUUUUGCUGCCUUUUUGCUCCCUUUCUGAAGCCUUCUCGCUGUCUUUUCGCUGCCAUUUUCCUGCCUUUUUGCAGCCUUUUUGCUGCCUUUUUGCUGCUAUUUUGCUGCCUUCCCGCGGCCUUUUUGCUGUCUUUUUGGGUCAUUUUCUCAGCCGUUAUGCACCAUUUUUGCUGCCUCUCCCUUUUUCCACCAUUUCUUGAGCUUUUAGAAUCCUAGGAAAAUGGAGGCUCGAUAAAGGGACCCUUUUUGCUGCCUUUUUGGUGCCUUUUUUCUGCCUUUUUGCUGCCUUUUUGUGGCCUUUUUGCUGCCUUCUUCCUGCCUUUUUGCUCCCUUUUUGCUGCCUUCCCGCGGCCUUUUUGCUGUCUUUUUGGGUCAUUUUCUCAGCCGUUAUGCACCAUUUUUGCUGCCUCUCCCUUUCUCCACCAUUUCUAGAACCUUUAAAAUCCCAGAAAACAUGAAAGGAUCGAUAAAAGGGAAUCUCUUUGCUGCCUUUUUUCGGCCUUUUUCGAGCCUCUCUCCCUUUUUUUAACAGCCAUCAUCCACCAUUCCGACUUUGCCCAAGUUAAGUUUACCAUACCUUAAUCAGAUUAAACCAGGUAAAAUUUUAAAUUGACAAACCAUCCGCGGGAAACUGUGAGAUAAUAGUAAAAUUGACAAUAUUUCCAUUUUGAAACGUAUUCAAGCCGUCGCGUUUCACGUAUUUUUCAGAUUUUUCAACGGCUUCAUUUUCAAUUUGGAAAGGAGUUUAUUAUUUUUAAAAGCUUAUUAAUAAUAGAUAGUUUAUUCACUGCCAUUAUUUAACAUAUAAUUGAAGAAUAGAUGAUCAAGUGAAGGAAUAGGCAGAGAAAUAACAAUACACGGGAAAGAGUCAACCCCAACGAGUUGACGGGUACCCGGAAAUAUGGCAAAUUCACAGGAGACGAGAGGGGAUAUUUUUCAUGAAAGGCUUCAAACGGAAGAGCAUUCAACUUUUUUUACGCAGAGUUUCUGGGGUAACGUUAAAAUCUAAAUAAGAAGUUAGUUUAUUCCAAAGAGGAAUAGUUCUAGAAAAAAAGUCAUUAGAAAAACUGACCAGUAGUCCGUAGUCGAAGUGGAUUUCUCUGUAACAGGGAUUGAGUGAAAUAAUUAUGCUCUCCUCGCACAAAAACGAAAAAUUGUGGAAACUACGAACUUUUUGCGCCACACUGAUAAGAAAAAUGCUAAAAUUCAAAAAUUCGACUUUUUUCUUUUGAACAAGCCUUUUUUCCCUGGCUUAAGUCCAGAAGAAGUUCAUACUGAGCUUGUCAAGCUUUAAAAGGUUAUAAUCAGCUCAGAAAAAAAGGAGGGGGGCUUAUUCUUUCAAGCGGUCACUAAAAAAGCCACUUUAGUGAUCACUAGAUGGCUCGGAAUUGUCGGAAAACAUGAAGGAUUUUUUGUCUGAUGUAUGAGUGGACUAUUUUUUUGUCAUAUAGGGUUCGAAAAAGCUGUCCCCAUAGGGGUUUAGGGUCUGACCCCUUAGUCCCUAAAUCUCAAGUGGUCCCUAUUGGGAUCUUUCAACUUCAUUCAAAAAACGCAUAAUUUUAAUUUUUCGCAUAGAAAUGCUUCUUCGCAUAGAGUUCAUAACAAGUGUCGACCAGCAUGUCCCCUAAAGGGGCCACUUUUUCAAGCUUCAGUGGCCGCUAUAGGGGUUGAAAAAGUGGAUCCUCUUAGAGCCCCUAAGGUUGCCCCUGUAGAGGCCACUUUUCAAGCUUCAGUGGCCCCUAUAGGGGUUGUUAAAGGGCCCCUAUAGGGACCACUCUGGAGCUCCUAAGAAUAUUCUCAAAAGCACAAAAUUGAAAUUCCAGGUGAUCGCUACAAACAACAACGACCGUCUUCUGAUCGCCGUCGCCCAGGACCUCGAAGAAGGCUUCAAUGGAUGGGUUCCGGCUAGGAGAAGCUAG